CUGGAACGAUUCGAUUCGGCUGACUUGCGAUCGAAAGAAAGCAGAGUGAAGAAAAAAAAGAGCUGGUUUUUUGUGUGUGCAGCAGCUGUCUGGCCCCUUCCGAAAAAGGAAAACUUCGCUGAAAAGGUUUUCCCUUCCAUCAAUUUGUUGUAUUAAUCGGUGGACCUGCAGGUCCAUCUUCCCGUGUGUUCCGAACGCUCCCGCACUACCGUUUUGGUUGACUGAUUUUGCGGAGAUUUUUCUUCCAACCCGCUUCCAAAUUCCGGAAUUUCGCAAAACGAGAGAGAUGGCCUCGACGACGGUGCCCACGAUCUGCAAGGACCUGGACGGGGACGACCGGUGGCUUGCGGUGCACAAGCGGUUCGUGCAGGAGUGCAAGGAAAAGGACCCGGAGGUCAUGUUCAUCGGCGAUUGCGUGCUCGAGUCGCUGCAGUUCACCGACUUUUGGAACAGCCACUUUGUGCCGCUGCACUGUCUCAACUUUAGCAUUCGGAACGACCGCACCCAGAACGUGCUGUGGCGGUUGCAAAACGGCGAGCUGGAGAACGUCCGGCCGCGGGUGAUUGUGCUGCACGUCGGGACGAACAACAUUGGCGACAGCGCGGAGGAGGUGGCCGAAGGCGUGCAGGCGAUCGUGGCCACCAUCCGGAGCAAACUGGCCGGGGUGUACGUGGUGAUUCCGACUCUGCUCCCGCGGGGCCACCAACCGAACCCACUGCGGGACAAAAACGCCGCCGUAAACGGGCUGCUCAAGGAGCGGUGCGCCGGCAUGGACAAGGUGCAGAUCGUCGCCGUGGACGGGGGCCUCAUCCAGAGCGACGGCACCAUCAGCCACCACGACAUGUUCGACUAUCUGAACCUGACGAACGUCGGCAGCAAGAAGGUGUUCGAGCCCGUCUGGGACCUGCUGCACCAGAUUCUGACCGAGAACGAGAAGGAACGCGAUCUGACCCCGUCGGAGUGAAGUGGGCUUGAGUGAGAAGAUUGCGGGUGUGUUUGUGCGUGUGCGUGUGCCUUGGAGAGAUUGUGGACUGGAGAAGAAAGAAGAAAACACCACACACGUGUGCGAAUUAUACACUGAAAAAAAAAACACACACACAAUCACGUAAUUGAAAAUUUCAUUUAUUGUGCUGCUAGGAAACUAAACAUUCCCUUAGUUUUUUUUGUUUUACAACUUAAGAACAAACCAUAGUUGGAGUUUAUUUAAAUAUUAUUAUUUAUAUUAUGUAACGGCUCGUAUUGAUAUUAUUUAUUACGUAACGUAUUAUUUAUUAAGGAUGUAACGUAGCUUAGCGAAAAACAUAAAGUUGGCUUAUUAAAGAAACAAACUUCGAAUCUGCUCAACGUAACGAUAUCUGAAUCCAGUCUGCUUCGAUCAUAAUUUCUUUUUUGCAAAAAAAGUGACAAACAAAAAUUAAAACCUAAACACACCGUACUAGGAUAGUGAGUUAGAAUUGUCCAAACAACCGUCUUCUGUAGUGUUACGAAAGUAGAGUCGUGUAGUAGCAGUUACAAUGUUCCACCUUACCUCACGAAUUUUUCAUGUAACAAAAGCAAAACAAAACAUUCUCUGUCCCUUGAAAAAAAGAAAACGAAACACUCUAGACUUUAGCAUGAUCUCAAAAGAAUUUCGAGCACGUGUGCGAAGCGCGGCAGGAGCUGGAGAAGUUGGUCAUCAAAUCGAAUAAAUAUAAAUACAUAUAUUUUUCUACCACAAAACAAAAACACACACAUAAACAUACAGUUAAAAAUAAAUACAAUACAAUCUACCUUAACAGCGAGUACUGAUAAACAAUUAAAAUUACAUUCCAUAAAAAAA